AUUAGGUUCAUUUCAGUUCUCACUAGCUAUCUAACAAAACGAUCGAGUUCGAAGACUUCCAGCUACCCACAUACAUGGCAAGUGGGUCUUCAUUAAUCUCAGUCUCAGCUGCUCUAAUUAGAAGGCUUGAGGGUAAGGUGGCUUUGAUCACCGGUGGCGCGAGUGGAAUUGGUGAAGCCACUGCAAGACUCUUCUCCAAGCACGGAGCACAAGUAGUGAUAGCAGAUGUCCAGGAUGAUUUGGGCCAGUCACUUUGCAAAGACUUGAAAUCCGCUUCCUUCGUCCACUGCAACGUGACAAAGGAAGAUGAGGUUGAAACUGCUGUAAACACAACGGUUUCCAAGCAUGGCAAACUAGACAUCAUGUUCAACAAUGCCGGUAUAACUGGUGCGAACAAAACCAACAUACUUGACAACACGAAAUCUGAGUUUGAGCAAGUUAUCAACACUAACUUGGUUGGUGUCUUUCUUGGAACAAAGCAUGCUGCUAGGGUGAUGGUUCCUGCUCGAAGGGGAAGCAUUAUCAACACAGCUAGCAUAUGUGGAUGCAUUGGUGGUGCGGCUUCACAUGCGUACACAAGUUCAAAGCAUGGUGUAGUGGGGUUGAUGAAAAACACAGCAGUGGAACUUGGAGCAUUUGGCAUUCGGGUGAAUUGUGUGUCGCCUUAUGUUGUUCCCACACCAUUGGCUAAGACUUUCUUUAAGCUUGAUGACGAGGGUGUUCAAGCGGUUUAUUCUAACCUGAAAGGUGCUGAUCUUGUGCCGAAUGAUGUGGCUGAAGCUGCUCUUUAUCUGGGAAGUGAUGAGUCCAAGUACGUUAGUGGUCACAACCUUGUGAUAGAUGGAGGAAUCACGGUGGUUAACAAUGGGUUUUGUGUGUUUAGGCAGUCUGUGUGAGAAUGUCUAUGAAUGUUUUUUAAUCGGUCGGCUAAUGUAUUUCACCGCAAAAAUAAACUUAAAAUUUAAGUUGUCAAUCUUAAUUGAUUUGCUUAAAUUUUUUAACUGUGUAUUGUUGCUUUCGUUGUUUCAAUCAUGCUUGCUUGGCUGCUA